CCCCCUUGGCUGGGAAAAUCAGAAAGAAACGUUGAGGUUUAGAGCAGCAAGGUUCUGGGAGCAAAAACAUUUCUUAACUUGAAGGAGGAGAUUAAACAGAGGGAUUUCAUCAAUGGUCUAACUGCAAACAAAAUACCCACCUCAAAAAGCAGAUUCUUGGUCGACAUUGAUGGUUUUGUUCUUCAGAAAACCAGGUUCUUUGUUGAUGUUUCUACUCAUGCCUUUUCUAUUUCGGAAUGCUUUGUUAGUAUCUUUUUACCAGUCUAUUAUCCAAUUAUACAUUCAAUGCCUUCGAUGCCCAUAGCUAUCUGCAAAAGAGCAGAAAUCCCUUCUACUUUUAAGCCUCAAGAUUGCACAAUCUCUCAUGAGCUGCUGCUGUGUAUAUUGAGAAAUUUGGAAAGAAAAAGAGAGAACCCAGAUGGCUGAUCCUCCAGAAAAGAAGGUGCAAAGAACCCCAGAUGGUGAUAGUAUUGAUAGGUUGAGUGCACUUUCGGACUGUGUUCUGCUCCACAUCCUUUCACUUUUGAAGACAAAAGAAGCUGCAGCCACCUCAAUUCUGUCCACGAGAUGGAGAAAUCUUUUUGUUUCGCUACCUGAUAUUGAUUUAUGUUUCUGUGUGGAUGAUGAUGCUUCUGACCGUGAUAGACUGUUUUAUCAGUUUACACAUUUCUCUAAUAGAGUGAUUGAACAACGAAAUACGGCUCCAAUCAGAAAGAUUCGACUCCGCGUGGAGCAUUUUGUUGAAAGGUACCGUUUGGCUUUUGAAUCAUUGUUGAUAUCUGCAGCUGCUGCAAUUUCUACUUACAGUGUCGACCAACUUCGUAUUUCGGUUGAAAUGGAUACAACUGAGAAAUUUUCUAUACUUUUUCCACCUGGAAUUUUUUCAUCUGAAACUAUAGUUUCUUUAUCACUAAACCUUGACGUGGGUUGGAAUGUUCCUGAUUUUGUUUGGUUGCCAAAUCUCAAGUAUCUUUACUUGAUGCGAUUCACAUUGGUAGAUGAAGAUUCUAUUCAGAGGUUUCUUCAAGGUUGCCCUUUGCUUGAACACCUGAUAUUAACAGUGCAACCUUUCAGCUAUGCGAGUGAGAGUGAAGAAAGCAUUGAAGUCGAAGUUCUUCAUAUCUCGAGUCCCUUGUUGAAAGUCCUGGUGCUCUGUUGGAAUGAAAAAGUUGAACUAGAGUUCACUGUUGUUGUGAAGUCAGAAAAUCUUGAGACUUUGGUAUGUUCCCUCGAGGGGCAGCAUAAAGUUAUCGUAGAUGCCCCAAAUCUGAAGUCCUUGAACGUUGACGGUCAUGUACUUGAAGUACACAUAAUUCAGAGCCUGGUAUCUAUUGAUAAGGCAGUAGUACGAGCUGAAUUUCUGCAUAAUGUGACAAAUCUAGUUGACUUAUUUUUACGUGUUCAGCAUGCUUUUGAGUUUAUUAGUGGGUUGCAAAAUGUGAAAUCACUGAAUUUGUCAGAGAACAUUUUAAAGGCUCUCUAUUUUUCUCAACCAGCAUUGCCAACUUUCAGAAACUUGAUCAAGCUGGAGCUUGAACCUGUUUAUUGCCAUUCUUUUCCUCGUAGCUGGAUCUUACAGGUGUUAUCAAACUUAUUGGAAAGUUCCCCUUACCUUGAAGUGCUUAUCUUUAGUGAGGUAUUCAAGAACUACUUUGGCGAAGAUGAGAAAUUUGGUUCUGUUUUUCCACAGGCUUGUCCACUAUCUUUCAUUGAGCAUCUUAAGGUAAUAGAAAUGAGUAAUUUUAAAGGGGAAGAACAUGAAUUCAAGCUGGCGGAAUAUUUUUUGAAGAAUGGAAAAUCUCUGAAGAAGAUCGCUCUUGAAAGAGAGGGUUGGAAGUCCGUACCAGAAUAUUGCAACAGGAUCCUCUCAUUCAAGAAGUGUUCAGAGGAUUGCCAGAUUGUAUUCAGAAAGAAAUGGAAUUAUAUAACGUGCCCGCAAUUACGACAGCUGAUGAAUCUAUCUCCUUAACAGUAUUCUUCGCGGCAAACUGAUAAGCUAUAAUUCAGUUGCAGACUUAAGAAAUUUUGGCUUCACGGAUAUAACAUCUUGGCGCCAAAUUUUUUGUGUAAUAGGAUUCUGUUCUAAGAUUUUGUAUUAAUGCACCAGAGAAUUGAAUUACAGCUAGCUAGAUAUCCAGCCCUUAUGAAUACCUUCAGUUUAGAAGUUUUCUGAAUUAGCCAAUCACUCUAUUUUUCUUUUUUAAUUUGAUUUUGAUGAGCCCUGGCUGUAGAAAUGUCAGCAAGUUUUCAAGAGAAUGCUAGUUUCUCUUUCAGGUUUUUCUCAGUGAAGACCUGAUUAAUUGCUCAACAAUUGCUUGAAUAGAUCUGAGUAUGGUUAAAAGUGUGAUUGGGACCU